CUGUAGCAGGGCAGCCAUUGGUCCGUUUGACGUGUCAAUCACUCACAGGUCCCUCCUACAGCACUAGCACGUUUCUGCCGUAUCACCUACAAAUUGGACACUCGGGAUCAUUUUAAUCAUCAAUACUUCCUGGGUACCCUGACCUCAGCCCAUAAUGGCCUCCUCAUCAGUUGGAGAUAACCAGCUGCAGAGGAUAAUCAGAGAUCUGCAUGAUGCUGUGUUAGAGUUGAGUAAAGAACACAGGGAGUGCAGUGAACCUGUGACUGAUGACAGCGCCAACCUGCACAAGUUCUUCUAUAAACUAGAAUACCUGCUACAGUUUGACCAGAAAGAGAAGACAACCUUUCUUGGUCAGAGAAAAGACUACUGGGAUUACUUCUGUGACUGCCUGAUUAAGAUCAAGGGAGCUAACGAUGGCAUCCGUUUUGUUAAGUCCAUCCCUGAGCUGAAGACCUCACUGGGGAAAGGAAGAGCCUUCAUCCGCUACUCACUGGUUCACCAGCGCCUCGCUGACACGCUACAGCAGUGUCUGAUUAACCAGAAAGUCACAAGUGACUGGUAUUACGCCAGGAGUCCGUUUCUCAAGUCUCACCUCACUGCUGACAUAAUCAACCAUCUUUAUGAGCUCAACCAGAUCCAAUUUGACGUGGCAGCCAGAGGAUACGACCUGGAUGCAGACUGGCCAAGCUUUGCGAGGCGAACAUUAGGAUCUGCCUCACCAGCUUUCCUCUGGAAGCCUCCUAGCCGCUGCUCCAGUGUCAACAGUCUCGUUAGCAGCUACUCACAUUCACAGGCACAUGAGUUCCCCCCAUUCUCAGAAUUGAAUCCCAACCUUCUUGGUGAACUGGGAGAACUCGGGGAACCCUCUCCCUGUAGCAUCGCAGAGAACCUCCGCAUUGAUCUUGAUCAGUCUGAGCUUAGACAGCAAGAACUUCUGGUACGUGUGCAGGAGUUAGGAAAGGAAGCAGAUGAGCUGAAAGGUGUCGUUAAAGACCUUCAAGGCCAACUCUUAACAGCUCAGAAGUCCUCUGGUCAAUCAGCAUCUACAGUCCAAACAAACCAAGAAACUAAUCAUGUGGAGAAGGCAAAUGAAGUUCAAAGCUGCAGGGAGUCAAUAAAAAGUGAAUUUCAGGACAGGCUCACAGCCGCCGAGAACAAAAACAUGGAGCUUCUCUCCAAGUUAGACGAAGCCCUGAAAGAAAAGGGACAGCAAACAGCCAGCUACCGCGACUCAGCGUGGAAAAUCCAGGAGCUCCUGGAUAAACUCAAGACAGCAGAGGAGGAGAGGUUGGAGGCAAAAAGAGAGGCGGAAGACAGGGCCAGGCACUCUGAGCGUCUGUCCCAGGAACUUAAACUCAGGGAGGAAGAGUUGAGGGAGAGCGAGGAGAAGCUGGCUGAAGUAAAAGCCGGAGCCAAUGACGAGCGGGAGAAGGCGCUGAAACGACUAGAGGAUCUCCAAAGUGCAGUCGGCAGAAUUCAGGGGGCACUGACUCUUAAAGAGAAGGAGACGGGGAACCUCAGAGCCCAGCUUCAGGAUCUACAAGGAUCCCUGGAGUGCAGAGAGCGGCAGGCCGAGGAGCUGAGGAGAAGACUGCAUGAGGAGAGGGAGGAGGAAGAGCAGAGAUGUAGCACGAGCAGUUUCCAGAACGAGGAACUCGAGGGCCAGAUACUAGACGUUAAAAUAGCUCUUAAAAGCAGAGAGAGAGAGCUAGCCACUAGCUCAGAGAGAAUCAAGCAUUUAGAGGAGCAGUUGGAGAAGCUUAACGUUGAAAAGGAAAGCUCCAGACUCUCUGAUAACGACAAUGACUCCUGUGAUCAAACUGAGAACCUCGAGGACUUCAAAACCCAGUGCAGCAACCUCAAGGAAAUAAAUGCCACACUGCUGCAGAGUGUUAAGAAGAGUGAGGGGAGCAUAACAGAGCUUACUGAGAGCAGAGCAGCUCUGUUAGAGCAGCUUGCGUCUCUGAGAGCUUCUGAGAAACACUUAAAGGGAAGAGUUGAGGCUGCUAAAAUGUGUGUUGAAGAUCGGGAGAAGAAGCUCUUGGAUGAAAACCUGCACUUAGAAGAGAUUGUCCAGAAAGUGCUCUCUCAAAAAGACAUAUCUGAUACUCAGUUAAGGAAGUCAGAGCAGGAGAAUAAGGAGCUUCUUCAGCUACAGUCCUCACUGAAGAUACAGGUAGCCACAACUCAACAGGAACUGGACUCAGUCACUGCCAAAGCUGCUCAGUUAGACAAGAACCUCAUUGUGUCCCAAAGAAGCCAGGGAGAGCUACUUGAAAAACUCCAGGAAACCGAGGCCAAAGUGAGAGAACAGACUGUGAAAUGUGAGAUGCUGCAAUCGAGAGCAGAGGAGCUGGAGAGCAGGUCAAGUGAGCUUCACUAUGAGAAAGGAGCUGCAGAGAGCAAUGAAAAAACACAGAAGCACCACAAUGAGCAUCAGACAUCUUCACCGGAAACCAAAGAUGCCCCGUUCAGGCUGGUUAUAGCUGAAGCUCAAUUGGAGCUCAACCUGAGGGAAGUGCACCGGCUCCGGGAGGAGGUGGUGGAACUCAGGGCUCAGCUUUUAGCAGGAACCGAGGAGCGGCUCAAAGUUCAGGCAAUGCAGGAAGUGACAGAGUCCUCCAGAGAGGACCUCCGUGUUUUAUCAGAGCAGCUCAAAGUCCAGGUGGAGGAGGUAAAUCGCAAGCACGUGGAUGAGAUUCUUCGAUCCAGGGAGCGAGAGGAGGCUCUUGUUCGUGAGCGUGACGGUGAGGCUCGGGCUAGAGUAGGUCUGGCUGCAGAGGUGACGGCCUCCAGGGAUGAGCUCAAUAAACUGAAGAUGCGUUAUGAAUCCAUGUGUCUGGAGAACAGUGAAUUAAGAGAGGCGCUUCACAGAGCUAACACAGAAACAGCUGAGCUAGGUGUGCAUGUGUGCAUGCUUACUGCUGAGAAUGAAGAGGCUCGUCUGCGCUGGGAGGGUUUGUCAGCGAGGCAGCAGGAGCUGGAGGAGGACGCAGCUAAGGAGGCAGAGAGACUGAACACCUGCUCAGAGCAGCUGCGUCAGGAGAACCAGCAACUUCUCGAUCAGCUCCACAAUGAGAAGGGUUUGUUAGCAACCAAGCAGGAGCUGCAGCAAGAGCUGAGCAAGGCCCAGGAGGAAGCUGAGGCUGUGCAGACGACGAGACAUGAGGAGAUUCAGGGGCUCCGCUUCCAGCUCAGCAGCCAAGCCAUGAGCCACGACAACAAGCUCCAGACUGUGAGCCAAGAGCUACAGGAAGUGAAAACACAGCUGACAACUGAGCAGGAGAAAGCGGUCAACCUGGACAGCAAACACAAAAAGCUUGAGGCUGAGAAUCAGAGAUAUUGCCAACAGAUUGAGGAGAAAAACAUCCAGAUGGCCGAGUCUGAAAAUCUCAUCCAGCAGAAAGACGACGAGAUAAUCCAUCUGAAAGGGAAUUUAUCAAGGUCUGAGGAGAGUCUCACAGCAGCUCAGAAAGCCUGUCAGGAGAUGUGUGAAAAUCUACGGAGAGUCACACAGGACAAACAGAGUGUUGAUCUGAAGACAGCUGCUGAACUUGACGAUCUUUACCGCACCAAAAUCAAUCUGGAAGAGAGGCUUGUAGAACUCAUCAGGGAGAAAGACGCACUGUGGCAGAGGACUGACGCCCUGGAGUUCGAGCAGAAAUUACGGGAUGAGGAGACAGAGAGGGACGUCAACUACUGUAUGGGCUGCCACAGUCAGUUCAGCUGGUGGCUUCGCAAGCACAGCUGCAGACUGUGUGGGCGUCCCUUCUGCUACUACUGCUGCAGCAACACAGUGAGCACCCAGCAGGGCGGCACCAGAGAGCGCUGCUGCAGUGACUGUUACAACCAGCACAGCGCAGUGGUUGAGCGCCACCCACAGGAGGAAUUAACCACCAGCACACCGGGGACGCCUUUCCGUCGUUUGCUGCAGGCUGGGAGAGCUGUGACCAUGUCAGGAGCAGAUGAAGCUGAAAAGCAGGAGGAUGGUGUGUUUGACAUCAUUACAGAGGAGGAAGUAAGCGGGGUCUACGGCAGUGAACUCUCUUUCACCACUGCAUGCUCUCCUGGACACGGACAGCAGGGGGCAGCACAGAUAUCUAACAGUGCCAGUGCAGGAGAUCUCACAUCAGAAGAAGACUAUAGUGGUGCAGUGCAGGACGCAGAGAUCUGCCUUCUGAUGUCUGGAGAACUCACGCUCUCCAUCCACUUCGCAGUAGAUGACAUCUCAGGGUUUGGGGACAGCUCCCGAGAGCUCUUCAUCAAGUCCAGCUGCUACAGCACCAUCCCCAUCAUCAUGAGCAGUCCUGGUCCCACCGUCAGCUGGACGUUCACCUCUGAACCCAAGAGCAUCUCCUUCAGCGUGGUCUACAGGGAGAGCACAGAGACCCCGCUGGAGCAGGCCAAGGUCUUGAUCCCACUGACUCGCUGUAACUCCCACAAAGAGACGAUCCAGGGAGAACUGAAAGUCCGAAACUCUGGAGAAUACAUCCUCAUCUUUGACAACUCCUUCUCGAGGUUCAUCUCAAAGAAAGUGCUGUACCACCUGAGUCUAGACAAGCCUGUGGUGUACGAUGGAACCGACCUCCUCUGAACACAACAGGAAGUUUGACACAAACAGUCCCGGGGGUUGAAGCUCAUCAGAGUGAUUUCGAGGUACCAGGUCAGAGUCAGCUGACAGCGAGCAGCCUCAGUGAAAGGUUGUGGCAUUUUAAGAUGUCUCUCUCAGCUGGCUGCUUGAUCAUGAGGUGUUACUUGGCAGAUUAAAGCCCAACAGAGGCUGAAAACAAUGACGGGAAAGUACGUUACACUACUUGAAUGUGAGCAGACACUACCUUUUUUUAAAAGCUUGAUGUUGUCUUUAAAAGUGCACGUCAAGGGAACUUAACUUGACCCUUAGUGUAGAUGUUUGUUGCACGUUUGAAUGUGCAGAGGGUUUGUGUGUGUGUGUGUGUGUGUGUGUGUGUGUGUGUGUGUGUGUGUGUGUGCGUGUGCGUGUGCGUGCGUGCACAAACAGGUUUCUCCACACCUGCAGAUUUGAUUCUUGUAGGCGACUCUUCACUAUGUCCUUGCAGGUGAAAAACUGUGUUUUGCUUUAGACUGAGGUGCAAUUGUUUUUCAUUUUAAGACUUCUGUCUCUUAAAUAAGAUUAUUUCUCGCUACAUACAGAAGAACAAAUUAUGGUUACAAUAAUUAUUUACUGUAUGUUUCUUUUUUGUGAUAUAUGUAUUUAUCAUAAUUGAUAUUUUAGAGCAUUGCUUAUUAAGGAAGUUAUUACAAACCAGACUGAAAUGUCUGUUUUUGAUUUUUCAGUCUGGUUCUAAACACAACAAAUCAAUGAUGGUUACCACUUUGUUGCAAAAAAAAAGAAUAAUUUAAAAAUAAUAUAAUUUACGAAUAAUGUAAAAAAUACAUCAUUGAGGCUGCAAAUUAAAUCAAAAUGUUUAAAUUUAAAUUAUUAAAUAUGACCAAAUAUUACUACAAAAAGUAGAAGCUGCAGUUCUUUGAUAGAGGUAAAAAGCUGCAGCGUUCCUCAUCUUCUUCUUUUAAAAAGUGGCUUUUUUGUUACUGACCCCAAAGGCUAGACCAUCAUGAUAUUUUCUAUGAGAACAUAAAUCCAAAGUAAUCAUUUCCACUUAUCAUGAAUCAUAUCACAGCUGUAAUAUCUACAAAAUGUCCCAAUUUGAUUUUCCAAUAUUGUGCAGCCCUAAAACAAAUACAUGUUGAAAUAGGCAUAAAUAAUAUACUGUGUUUUGUCAUGCAAAAUAAUCAACUACUGCCCAAUACAGUCAAUGAUUUUAAAACUUCCACAGUAUAAAUUAUGGCAGUUGUAACAGCAUCUGUUUCUUUUAUUAAAGCCAGUUUUACAGCAACAAGAAUGUGUUGCACUCUGGGACAAGACCGGGAAAAAAAGAGGAAACUGAUGUUUGUACUGACUAGACUUUGUUGUUUUAGUUGCCUAAACUACCUUUAACUUUUACAAGUGUAAACCUCAUUUAACUGUGACCUUAAGUUAAUUUCUUUACUGGCUUAAACGUUCUGUUAGAAGCGGGAAAAAAUUGUUACUAACUCUUUUAAUUGGUGUGUUGAUAUCUAUCAUGCUGUUGUAGAAUUAGCCUUCAUUGAUGGAGAUGACUGUUUGUGUCCUAAGCAUGUACUGUAAUCUAUUUUAAGGUUCAUGCAGAUUUUAAACACAGCACAGGAUCUUAAAUAAUAGUUGCCUUUCAGCUGCAAGGAAUGAACAAAAAAAGUACAGUGUUCAUUGUGAUGCAAUCAUGAUGAAGUGCUUGGGUGUCUGCAAAAGCUGCAGCAGUACAACAUAUUUUAGGAUUUAGUAUUCUCUGGGAAUCAGGCUUUAAUUCUGCAGAGCUUCUGAUGAUUGCAGUUAAACAUUGCUUCCAAUUUCAUUGUAUGCAAGUCACGCAAUGACAAUAAAGGCAUUCUAUUCUAAAGGAAAGAGACAUGUCUAUGCAUGCAAACAAUUAAUAUGUGAACUUGUUUCUGAGGGUAAAACAAGGGAGCACAUAUUAAAUUGUUAAAUGUGUUGCUUUAAAUGUUCAGUUUUAACAUUGAAUUUGAGUUAAAUGAAGGAAAGACAUGAGCAACAUUGUGUCUUAAGAUUCAUGAAGCCUUGUUUGUUGUGGGAAAACAAACAGUUAUGUUAACAAGUGUUUUUUUUUUCUAAAUAGAGUUGUGUUCUUUAAUACAGUUGUUCACUGUUGCUGUGUGUUAAAUGGUCUGAAUAAGUUCAGCAGUGUGUCAAACAGAACUAUUUUUAAUCUCAGCAUAAAGCCUUCAACACUCCAAAAAUUACUUUUAUACUUGAAUUUGUCUUACACGGGCGUUUUGAAGGUUUUGAACGUUGCAAUUUUCCUUUAUUUCUCAAUCAGCAGUUGUUUUUGUCAUUUAGUUACAGUGACUUUCAAAAAACUGCAACACUGUACUGCUAUUUAAGGGAGAAUUUACGCUUCUGGGGAUGUCUUCCACUAUUUUAAAACCAUUUUCUAUCUCAUAUUUUCAACAUGAAGCAGAAGAAGAUUGAGACAACUUUUUAUACAUAUCUGAUCAAGAAGGGUGAUAAAUUGCCAAAUAUAUUGGGAAGACAUUUGUCUAUUUUACUGUAAAAAAAAAAAAAAAAGGAGUUUCUAUUUAAAUGCAUUGCAACAUGACUGCUGUAUAAUGCACUUUUUGAGAGGGCUUUGUGUCUGUAUCCCAUGAGCCUUUGUGCCAGUUGAUGAAUGUGUUCUUUUCCUUUGUAUGUUGAUAAAUACUGCUGAAUUUGUUAGAGGGAAGAUUUUACUUUUUGACUUUAACGAUUGUUGACAAGUGUUACUAUUGUAUUGAAAAAUAAUUUAUAUACUAAAGAUUUAUUAUAGAAUGGCUUUAAGAUUGUGGACAAAUAAAUAAGGACUGUGUGAUA